AUGAACUGUUCUUUUUCAGAUACGAGUCCUGCCAACGAACAAACGAGCGAAGCUCUUGUUUCUCCUGAAUCCGAAACAAUCCCUCCUCCUCAAGAGCAACCGCUAGAUUUACCGACAGAAUCGACAAGCCCUGAUAAUAAUCCACCAGUUCAGCAAGAAAAUCCUCUAGACAUCGACCUCGAUUACGACAAGUUGGUUCUUACGAGGGGGCAAGAUUUUGACUUGGACUACACUUUACUAGUGCCAGUUAUGCGAGCAAAUGAGCGGCAGCAGCUAGAUCUGAAGGGCUGUGAGCCUGGAGAAAGCAUAGUUCCGAUAGAUAUGAUGAAUGAUCCGGAUAAUCACAGAUUAUGGCAAGAUUCGCUCAUCACCGAACCUUCUGGCCAACAAAGACUUUCUUCCCUACGAGUGUGGAACUGGUUUCUAAAAUGUCUCGAAAUAAUUUGCCAAGAAGCGAGAAUAGAAGAAAAGAAGGGAAAACCCAAGAUCUUGUUGGCAGUUCCAGCUGGUUGUCCAAAACGAGCUUUCACUCUGAUUCUGAUGGCCGGAGGAACUAGAAUUUUAUACGAUCUUGUUCCUUGCAUAUCUUUUCGAGGUUGGCCACAGGUAGCAGCUCCGUGGCUUCAAGAAACAGGAAAAUUUUGGCAGCGAGCUGGUUUGAGACAUUCAGACGCAGCUGGAGCUUUCCACUUGCUCCCUGGUCGAGGGAGGAAUUCAACGGAUUGGCGCUUUUGUUUUGCUCGUUCUGAGGUUCAACUAAAGAAAUUAGUUCCACAGCCAUUUAUGAAAGUCUUUUACUGCUGGAGAACUGUUCUGGCUCGAGCAUUAUCGAGGCAGAAGACGAUUCUCAGACCUUAUGCUCUUCGUGCAAUAUUUUUCUGGGCAUGUGACCGAGUUCAGAAUCAAUAUCUUUCCCGAGAAGACGAAAUACCCUCGUUUUUCUGUGGACUGAUAGACGAUGUGCUCAAAUGCCUCCUCACCCGCUCCUGUCCUUCAUAUUUUCUUCCACAUGUAAAUCUCCUUGACAAAACUGACGAUGCUACUAUUCUUUCACUUGCCCAAAUUAUUCUUAUGGUACGAUCAGAUCCAGUUGAACAGAUACGAAACGCGCUAGAACAAGUUUCUGCUGCUAGAGGCCUCACUCAGGUUCACAAUGAACAGUCUUACGGCAAAAAGCGUGUCGUUUCGGGAAUCGACUCCACCGGUCAAGCGCUCUACUCUCAUGUCCGAGUCAACGACCCCCAAGUUGAGGAGUCCCAAGAAUCCCUUGCUGAAAGGGUCAAGAAAAUGGUUCAACAAAAUAAAGGAUCUUCAAUUUCUGUCUUCAUCAAUCCCAACGACGUCACUCGCGCUCAUUUCCGCGUCGAUGAAAAGUUUACCUAG